GCCCUCAAUCAAAUUACCAGUCUGUUGCGGUUUAUGUACAGCCGAAUCAAGCGAAUGUCCGACGUGAAUAUACGUGGCUGUGUGACGUCAUAGAGAAAACAGACAGUUUAAUUAUGAUGGCUGAAGAAUCUUCAGAUGAAUCUGCUGAGUUAGUAGAUAAGGAAGAAGCAGUCAGUGCAGAGAAACAGUUCACAAGUCAACAAUCAAGCACUGGGAUGUCACCUCCAGCUCCUCUCCCCUCCUUCCUCUCACAGACUCCAACUUCUAGUCCUGUUGUACCAGUCAGCCCUCAGACUACCAGUGCAGGGGGAACCACGGCUGGUGCAUCACAGAGUGUAUCAAGUCCAGGAACUCCAGUAUCACAAGCAACAUCAGUGUCACCGCCUACGUCACCACCAGUUAGUGUCCAGCAAGUGACGCCUCCAGGUCCGCAGAUGUCACCAUAUGAAGCAAGUUCAGCAAUUGAUGUACCAGAGAUGGAAGUUGAUCCUGCUGAUAUACAGUCACCGCAAAGUGGUCUGUUCAGCUGGAUAUCUGGAAAUAAAAUGCUCUCAAAAAUGGUGGAGAAAACCAAGUCUUCCAUGGAGACUAUGAUCACAACUUUAGAUCCCGGCAUGAAAGAAAUUAUACGUUCGGGAGGAGAUGUAUGUAUUCUUGUCACAUCUACGAAGGAGUCUAAAGUUAGUGCAAUUAGAGAGGCUUUUCAGAAUGUUUUUGGUAGAGCAUCUGUUUUAGGAAGGGAAAGUCAGGCUACCACAGCUGCACAGCCAGUAGGGUUCACGGCUGGAUUGAAAGGAGCCCAGGAACGAAUACAGAACCUGCGUCAGGCGGAAAAUAUACCCGAUGAUCAGCCUGUGGUGUCUAUUGAGGGAUUUAUUGUAGAAAUGUUACCUGAUAGAUGGUAUGAACUUAGCUGUCUCAUAUUGCAAGACCCCCAGCAUAGAAUUGACCUACAGACGUUUUCACAGCCUUCGCCUAUACCCGCUGAGUAUAUUCUAAAAGCUCAGGACCAGACACCAAAAGACUAUCCUUUACGUUGGUCCGGAUUAGCUGUCAGUAUCGGACAGGUUGUCGAAGAGGAAAACCCGCACAUAGGACAUGUAGACUGGCAGAACGGCAUUGUGGGAGUGAGUCGACGAGAAUCUCUAUAUUUAGCGGCCAAAUCGCUGGCCUACAUGUAUAAACAAAGACUGCCUACUAUGUUUGUGUCUUGAAAAAAAAAUGCUCUUUACUUCAUGUAAUGACAAUUUUUUAUCAAGAGGGACAUAGAAUAUUUAUUGUAAGAAGAUAAAAAAAGAUUUUCUGUUGUUUUAAACAUACAUUCGUACGUAAAAGCCUGAAACAAUAUUUUUUUAAAUAAAGAUUUUGUUUGCGUUUAGCUAGUUAAUCUUUAUAAAUAAAAACUGCCAGGCAUAGAGGCUAUACCUACUUAUUUUCCUAUGAUUUUUUCUUCUAUAAAUGUGAGCUUAAUUAAAAAGUAUGUUCAGGAAUGACAGGUAUUAUCAUAAGAUUGUCAGUGGCAUCCCUGUAAGUUACUGUUUUUGUUGAGGUUUUUUUUUUCAUGUGAAAUCUGUAAGAAUUUUUUAAAGCAGUACUGUAGACAAAAUGCGCUCUGUGAUGUAGUGCAUUUAAGGUGCUCAUUUUCAAAUUGACCAUUAGGAAGUUUGCUUUGACUUGUAUUUCUUUAUUUAAUAAGGAUAAAUAAAGUCUAAUGAGUUCUUAGUUUAAUAAUGUUAACCUGACAUUUUGACAGUAGUCAUUUAUCACAAAAUUAUAUGAAAAUGAUUAGUUUUUGUUACAUGUGUUAAGGAAGAAAAAUUGAGUGUUGACAAAUUUAUUAUAUGUAACAUACAUACAUUUACUUGGUCAUUUGUUGUAAUUGCUUGGACAUCCAUUGCUUUUAUACUGUCAAGUACAUUUUGCUCUUAUUGCAGAGGAAUAAAGAUCAGGUUCAAAAAAUCAUGUUUUACAAUUUCUUCCUAAUUUAGGCUUAUAUUCAAAGUGGUAUUAAAACUUUUCGGUUUUAUUUUUAGCUUAAAGCCGGGAUAAAAAUGACACAUGAUGAAAUUGAAAAACAAAUUCUUAUUUAUUCUUCAAGAUAUGUGCUAUUUAAAAGUUAAUACAAAUAUUGAUUCUGUCUUUAAAUUUUACCGUUUUUUGAUCAAGAUAGUAUUAAUGUUAUUAUGUUAUUUGUAUUGUUAUUUCUACAUUUUAUCCUAAAAUAAGUUGAUUUCAUAAUGUUUGAAAGUGUAGUAGAUUGUUGUGAAAGUCUCAUGUAGCAAUGAAAUCUAAAUCUGGUUCAUUUGAUCCUGAGCUUGAAUUUUUUCUUUAUGAAAAGAACAAGGCCUGGCUACUGUUGGUUUUGAAGAAUCCUUUGAUGUUGAAAAAAAUAAGCAAAGAAGUAAACAACAAGUUAUGGUUAUUCCUUAUAAUAUGAAAUAAUGUGCAUGGAUCAGUCUGAUUCAAGACUAGAAGAGUCUUCCAUCAAUUGAAACGAAUAUCCAUGGGAGACUAACCACAUAUGGAUUACUAAAUUGUGCUUCCAUUAUAUCGACAACUUGGCAUUAUAUUUCUCAGUUUUAUGCUCCAUAAGUGAAUAUAAUCCUCAUAUGUAUCACCGUAAAUCUAAUUUUUUUUUUUUUUAACCAAAGCACAUUUCAGUGAUCAGUAAAAGGUUUGUGCCCUAGCUUUGAUAGUGUUGUCAGUUCAUGGUAAAGGAAUCAGUAUCGAUCUUUUUAUUUGAAGAUUGUUUAGUUAAUUUUUUGGUCAUAAAAGAUAAAUUUAUCUGAAUUUAUAAUAAAUGAUAUAGAUAAUUAAACAUGUGACCAGCAUAUUCUCUCACAAUGCCUCUUGUAAAAUCAUUGUACAUAUAGCAUGUGGACUUUAUUAAUUAUUACUCAUUUUGUAAAAAAGGUUGCCAUGUAUAUUUUUUAGGCCUGUGAUAAUGUAAAUAUAGAAUAUGUAGAACAUAACAUAUUAUAUUUUAUUUUGCAAAUUAACAUUUUAUUAUUAGUUGUGCUAGAGAAAUUAUGCAUAAUUUAACUUUUCAUAGUUUUAGAAAAAUUUGAAAAAUGUGCGUUCAUGUCUAAUUCGUUUAGUAAUAUAUUAUAAAAUACUAACGAAAAAAAUGUUGCUUUGUUUCUUAGUAGAAAAUAUGUUAUAGAAAGUUUGAGUCUUGAGUGUUUUCUAAAUAGAAAAUUUCCUAUUCAGGAAAUGAUUCAAACAAUCUGGAACAAAACUAAAAACAUUCUUGUAUUAUUAUUAACUUUUACAAAGAUCUGUUCAGUUUUAUAUUUAGAGGUUAUAAUGAUUUUCAUUUUUUGGAAAAAAAAAAAAGAAAGAAAAAUUGACAAAGAUGAAUAUACAGUAAACUAUGCUUAAAUUAUAUGCAGGGGACAGGUAAAUUUAUAUUUUAUAUCCCGAUAUCCUUAUGUCUGAGAGCCAACCUAUUUGAAAAUAACAGCUGGGACCACAUCAAAAGCAUUGUUAAAAGCGGUAUUAUGAUAUAAGCAAUGUCAAUAUUUACUGUUUAUAUUAUUAGUUUACUGUACAAUAUAUUAAGUCAUAUUCUUUGAUUUAUUUACAAAAUGUAUAGAAAAAAAGAUUUUAGUAAUUCAACUUUUAUUAAAGAUCUCUUUCAAGCUAUGGCCUUCUUACUUGCUGUUUGACACAUUUUCAUAGUUAUCUUUUGAUAAAAUAAUUGAAUACAUGCAUGAAACAAUAAUUAAUUAUCAGUAUUUUAAAUAUAUUGCAUUAUUAACUGUAUAUGAAGGGUUCAUUUGGUGCAUUUUUCAGAAUUUAUACAUAAGAACAUGAAUUGUGAACGUAUUGUCAUUAUUAUACAUGUACAUAUAAUGAUAAAAAAUAUAGAUACAAGUUACAUGUUUAUCUUACAAUUGGAAAGACAUAAUAAAGGAGACAUUUUGUCCAUGUUAUAUUUUAAAAUGAGAUUUAGUGAGAAAAGUUGUGUGAGUGAUUGGUAUAUUCAUGUAUCUUUAUGUAGAUGAUAAUGAUAAUAAUGAUAACAAUAAAUGAUAAUUUAUGGUU